AUGUCUUCGCCGUCCUCCUCGUCCGCCGGAAAGCGCAAGCGCAGUGCCUCCACCGUCCACAAUAGUAAUAAUGCUCUCAAGCCGCCGCCGACCGCCGCCGAGCUCCUCCAGCCAUCCUCUCGCGACGCAUCGGGAGAAGAAGGCGACGAUUCCGCACCAGGCCCUGGACAGGAGCCAUCGCUAUCCAGACACAAGAAACCGGCUUUUUCAGACCAUACCCAUUUGUCAAAACGCGCGAGAACUCAAGCAGCUCAAUUAUCGAGCAAUGGCACAACAGGACUAAAUAACGAAGAUCCCGGCGAACCGUCCGAAACGACCGAGGCCAGCGCUGAUAUCGAGGCGAGCUCCAAGCGUAAUGCUAGCGGUCCGCAGGCGAGAUCGUUGUCGGUGACGACUGCUGGUGCUGCUGCGAAUGGGGACAGCAACAACAACAACAACAAUAAUAAUACUAAUAAUAAUACCGGCGACUUUCUGCAACCGCUCCGUGCAGGACUGCAGGAUCCCGUUGGGUAUCACACCAACCCGCCUCCUACCGGUCGGGCGGUGCGAGUGUAUGCCGAUGGCGUGUUUGAUCUUUUCCAUCUGGGCCACAUGCGGCAGCUUGAACAAGCCAAAAAGGCCUUCCCAGAAGUCUACCUCAUUGUCGGCGUGACGGGCGACGAAGAAACGCACAAGCGAAAGGGCCUAACUGUGCUGUCGGGUGCGGAGCGUGCAGAGACUCUGCGACACUGCAAAUGGAUCGACGAGGUUAUCCCCAAUUGUCCGUGGAUCGUGACGCCGGAGUUUCUGGAGAGGCAUCGCAUUGACUAUGUGGCGCACGAUGAUCUGCCGUAUCAGGCGGACGAGGGCGAUGAUAUCUACGCUCCGAUUAAGGAGCAGGGCAAGUUUUUGGUGACGCAACGGACGGAGGGUGUUAGUACUACGGGCAUUAUUACGAAGAUUGUCCGUGACUACGAUAAAUACAUAGCCCGCCAAUUCAAGCGCGGCGCAUCCCGACAAGAACUCAACGUAUCCUGGCUGAAAAAGAACGAACUCGAGAUCAAGCGUCACGUUGGCGAACUCCGCGAAAGCAUCCGGAACAACUGGAACAUGACAGGCCAAGAACUAAGCAAGGAAUUCCGCCAAUUCUGGGGCACCAGUCGAAAUAGCAGUCCUACACGCGGCGGUAGCGGCAGCAUUCGAAAUGGUGCCGAAAUGCAUAGUCCGCGAUCGAGCUUCACCUUUUCCAAAGCCCAUUUGUCACGUAUAGACAGUCCCAGUCGGCCCGAUAGUCCGGGGCCGGCGGGCCGAAAUGAGGAUUUUGCGACUGGUUAUAGUCUGGGGUUGAUUGGUGGAGUGAGGUCAUGGAUGUCCCGCACACGAACCCCAUACCUAAGCGGCCCUACAUCCCCCGUUGCAAGCGACGACGACAGGGACGCAGCAUCAUUUCUAGAAAGUGGUGAUGAGCGACGACGACCGAGUCUUUUGCGAGGAGAUUCAUAA